AUGCCUUUCCGUGAAAAAUUUCGUCCAAAACGCAGAUCGGACGAUGAAUACGUCGUGUUUCUUCAAGGGAUUCCUACACACUGUCGCUGGCAGGAACUCAAAGAUUUAGUGCGCCAGACAGCUCUGCAUAUUCGUCAAGCUGUUGUAUACGAUGAUAAUCAUGGCUUCCCUACCGGACUCGGUCAGAUUAUUGUCAAAAACGAAGAUGAAGCGUGGAGAACAUAUCAUCGACUAUCCACCAACGGAUGGGAUGGUCAAAGUUUGGUUGUUACUCUUGCGCGGACAAGCUCACCGACGAAGCCCAUCGCUGGACCGACCAGGAGCCCAAUGCACUACUCUGAUCAAUCCACGCCACCGCAGGGGAAUAUGAAGUUUCCUCCAUCCCCAGUCUUACCUGAAUCUACCCAAGCCAGUCCAACAUUUUCAUACCCCGAUUACGGUGUAAUGAUGCCGCCAAUGCCCAUGACACCGUACAUGACUAUGAUGCCAGAUCUCGCGCCGAUGCAGUUCCCUCCGUCUCCAGUGACGGGUGGGUAUGAACCGCCAUACUGGAACAUGCCCGGAUAUCCGAUGUCGCCAGUCCAGGAAAGCUUCGAGACGCGCCGCUAUCACAGGUUUCCGCCUACACCAGAUUUGCACAGUGGUGCCCGAUACCGAGGAAUCAUUCUGGGGAAUUUGAAUGUAUCUACCAAAGAAGCCGACCUAGAAAACUUACUUCACAAUGCCGGCGUCGUCGAGCAAAUUCGUGUAACAAAGAACGAAGGCCAGGCACAGGGUAUCAUCACCAUGCGAACAGUUGAAGAGGCACAGCGUGCGGUAUCAAUGCUCAACAACAUGACCUUCAUGGGCUCUCGGAUCUACGCAAAGUUUGACCGACGGGAUAGUGUCGACAGUUCGGAUGCCGAUUCGGAUUCUGGGAAGGAGAGUUGGAUGGGAAGUUUCACGCCAAUCAAAGGUCGUAUUGAUACUUGCAAGCCAUUGGUGGUGGACGGUUCUGGACUUGCGAGUCAGUUGGAGAUGUUGUCAACCUCUGCGCCGACAUAG